AUGUCAGUGGUAGAAAGGGAUGAUGAUAUGGUUGUUGAACCUCCAGAGGGCCAAUAUCAAACAAUUGAACCGUUUCGUUUUUUGGAUACUUCGGGAUCUGAUAAUUGUGUGUUGAUUUUACUAAAUCAAUCGUUUGCAAAAAUGAACUUGAUAAGGUUUUGGAAUGCCACCGAGCUUCAUAUAUGUGCUGACGGCGGUGCCAAUCGUCUCUAUGACUUUUUCAGUGAUAGUACCCGUGACAGUUAUAUUCCUGAGUUUAUAACGGGAGAUUUUGAUUCCAUCCGUGAUGAAGUGAAGGAGUACUAUGCUUCAAAAGGCUCACGAAUAAUCGAGCAGUCUACUCAAUACGCCACAGAUUUUAUGAAAGCAGUAACUAUAGCUCAGAUAUGGUAUGGGCUGGCGGAUUUGAAGCAAACUUUGCUCAAUUCGAGCAACACCAUUGACUCUCACGAUGGCCUUGUUCGGCUUGUUGAAAAGAUCAAAAAAGACCAGAGCCUUCUUCCCGUUCAUUUGUACAUUUUGAGUGCAUUGGGCGGCAGAUUUGACCAAACCAUACACUCAAUAAGCCAGCUAUAUAAGCUCAACGAGACUGAUCUGCAUUUACGACUAUUAUUUAUUACUGAGUACGAUGUGGUAUUCGUUUUAAGUCGUGGUGCCAAUUUCGUUUCCUACAAGUCAAAAUCAGUGUUUUCGUCGUCUCUGGUUCCUACAUGUGGACUUUUACCUCUUGGAAGCUCGCAAGUUACAAUCAAUUCAUAUGGACUCAAGUACGAUGUUUACGAUUGGGAAAGCAGCAUGACAACUCAAGUGAGUUCCAGCAAUGGUCUCUCUGGAACAAAAGGAGUAGUUGUGAGAAUACUGGACCCAUUGGUGAUGAACAUUGAAAUCGACUCUAGUCGAGUGACUGCGGAAAAUAGCUCAGAAACUUAG